AGUCAGGACUCGGAAGUAGACGGACCUCAUCUAAGUAGCUGCAUUUCCCAAUAGCUCUGCUUAUUUCAUCCUCCUCCCAGUGGCAGUGACUUGAUCACAAACCCGAUUGCUACUUACGAAGAUCUCCUGACCUCCGUCUACCCUAGCGACACUAUUUCACUUCGUACUCGUUUUGACUAUUCGACCCACCUCCUCGUUUUGAGUAUUCAAUCAACGACCCUGAUUUUCUGCUACCACAACGACUCUCUCAGUGUCUAUUUUUCCAUACUUCGAUUUAUUUUAGAUUGUUCCUGAACAAUUUGAAAACACAUUUCAUAGUACAACCUCUAAGUAUGUCCCUCGCAAGCAGAGCAGUCAGCGCGCUCGGUCGCGGGCGUUCGUCUGCCAGCUCGACCGCCGGGAGACUGCUGUCGUCUUCUGGAGCCGCAGCAGGAUCGGCUUGCAGACACGUCAGUUCUCAGACUAGUAAUCCAAACAAGGUCCUCGGACGAGAUGCAAAUGGUGGUGCAUCAGCGACGAGCAAUAAUGUUGCCCUGGUGGGUCGUGGAGAUUCUGCUUUUGGUGCAGCAACAGGAACAGCAGGGCCAACGAGAACUCAUUUUCACAGCAGGAUGAUGAGCACCAGUAGUGGACUAGUUGGAGCAGCAAGAGGAGCAAAACUGACCUCCUCGAGCACUGCAUUUCAGCGCAGCAGUAGCGGCGCCAGCCAUUUACUUCACCCUUCAAAUAACGGCCAACAUCAAAGAGUAAAUCCCUUUUCCACGGCCGCCGCAGCGGCCGCGACCGUCCCCGAAGCUGCUGCUGCAGCAGCUAACACGACCAGCAGCCCAUCUCCCCUGUUAAACGAGACGCACCGACCGGCGUACCUGGAUUACCAGGCCACCACGCCCGUGGACCCCCGGGUGCUGGACGCCAUGCUUCCCUACCUGACCGGGCGGUACGGCAACCCGCACUCCCGGUCCCACGCGUACGGGUGGGACUCCGAAGCCGCGACCGAGCGGGCGCGGGAACAGAUCGCGAAGCUGAUCGGCGCCCGGCCGGGCAAGAAGGAGAUCAUCUUCACCUCCGGCGCCACCGAGAGCAACAACCUGGCGAUCAAGGGCGCCGCGGGCUACCUGGCCUCCGCGAAGAAGAAGCGACACAUCAUCACCACGGAGAUCGAGCACAAGUGCGUGCUCGCCUCGUGCAUCGAGCUGAGCAAGCUCCCGGUGGACCCCUGGGAGGUGACCUACCUCCCCGUGGGCAAGGACGGGCUGGUCGACCUGGCGCAGCUGCACGCCGCGAUCCGCCCGGACACGGGCAUCGUGUCCGUGAUGCACAUCAACAACGAGAUUGGCGUCAUGCAGAACAUCGCGGAGAUCGGAAAAAUCUGCCGCGCAAACGACGUGCUGUUUCACACCGACGCGGCCCAGGCCAUCGGGAAGGUGCCAAUUGACGUGGACAAAAUGAACAUCGAUCUGCUCUCCAUCUCCGGCCACAAAAUCUACGGGCCCAAGGGCAUCGGCGCGCUCUACGUGCGGAAGGGCGCCCCGCGCCGCGUCCGCCUGCGUCCGCAGAUCGACGGCGGCGGGCAGGAGUUCGGGACCCGCAGCGGCACCCUGCCGCCCCACCUGUGCGUGGGGUUGGGGGCCGCCUGCGACCUCGCGGAGCGCGAAAUGGAAAACGACAAGCGACACGUCGAGCAGUUGGCAAAUUACAUGCACAAGCGACUCACGGACCAGCUCGAUGCGGUACUUCUGAGAAAUAUUUGGGUUUCUUGAAAAACACUCUCGUCGAAAAUUCUGCCCGCAUAUUUUCGCAAUGCAAAAAGAAAAAGCGGUAGUGAUCUCCACCUCUUUUACCUCCGACUCAUAGGUUGGUGAGUGAUGUUGAAAACCUUUCUGGAUAAAGACUGCCCUCUAAUUUGCAAGAUUCUUCUAUGCAGAAUUAUUUUACGCACAACUUUUACCACCCUAUUUUUUUCACUUCUCACAGGUCGAGCUGAACGGGAGUUUGUCGGAGCGGUACCCCGGUAACUUGAACCUGUCCUUUGCGUGCGUUGAGGGGGAGUCCCUCCUCAUGUCGCUGAGCAAGGCCAUCAGCGUUUCGUCCGGCUCCGCAUGCACGUCGGCGAGCUUGGAGCCGAGCUACGUGCUCCGCGCACUCGGCGUGUCCGAGGACCUGGCGCACACCAGCUUGCGGUUCGGCAUCGGUCGCUUCACAACCGUGGAGGAAAUCGACAACGCGGUUGACGCGAUCGUGUCUGCGGUCACGAAGCUGCGCGACAUGAGCCCGCUGUGGGAACUCCAUCAAGAAGGUAACGCAGUGAACGUGCAGUGGGGAUGAAGGGAAUUGUUUGACCACUUACGUACUGUUACUGAAGAAACUUGAGCGAAGAGCUUGCUCAUUUGUGCUUCUUGAGCAGCCUCGCUGGCGGUCGAGGUCGCUAGAGAAAGAUGAAAUGCCAACGCAUUUCAAUAGUUCCACCGGAUCAGCAGUUAGUACUUCGGAUGGAGCUACUAUAAUCUACGAGAACAUCGUCCUGCAUGUACUACAUGCCUCGCCCUCAUCGCUGUGAAGAUCUAGUUUGCGUAAGACAAAAAAGUUCUCAGCAACUACGUACCUUUGAUUGUGCAGAACACAACACGUGACCGUGAGAACAUAGUUUUCGUCACUCACUAGAAGGACGUCUGACAUCGAGCAUUUCUUUUUCUUUUUUGUGCUGUUCGCGGAGAAGGGCACGCGUUUUGAUAG